AUAGCAAACACACACACACAUACACACACACACACACACACACACGGAUGGAUACAUACACAGAGAUCAGGGGAAGAAGGGAGGAAACACACACACACACACACACACACACACAGCAUCCUUGUGUAAGCAUCGCAGUAUAAGGAUUAGGAGCAUACCACCUCAUUCACAGGAGAAUGGCUGAAGGUUCUGGCUCGGCAUCUUUGGCGGAGGUUGAGACGGCAUUCAAGAAAUUUGCGGUGCAUGGAGACACCAAAGCCACAGGGAAGGAGAUGACUGGGAAGAACUUUUCCAAGCUGUGCAAGGACUGCAAGGUGAUCGACGGGAAGGGAGUCACCAGCACUGACGUGGACAUCAUCUUCAGCAAAGUCAAAGCCAAGUCAGCACGUGUGAUUACAUUUGAGCAGUUUACCCAGGCACUGGCGGAGUUAGCUCCAAAGCGCUUUAAAGGGAAGAGCCAGGAAGAGGCCCAGCAGCUCCUUUACGGCCUCAUCGCAGGCAAAGAGCCUGCUAACGUUGGCAUCACGAAAGUGGCGAAGGCGGGAGCCGUGGACCGUUUGACAGACAGCACUAAAUACACCGGCUCUCACAAGGAGCGCUUUGAUGACUCGGGAAAGGGGAAAGGCAAAGCCGGAAGAGAGGAAAUCCCCGAUACCAGUGGCUAUGUGACUGCAUACAAGGGCCAGGGCACUUACGACAGCAAAGUGAAGGAAGGACAGUGAGAGGAAGAGGACAAUUCUGAUUAUCCUAGUGCAUGUAUUAUUGUGUAUCAUGGACACUGUGUAUCUGCUUCAUACCCGUUGAAAAGCUUCAAACCAAACUAACCUCAACAGCCAUGGCUCUUCACAGAAAUUUCCUGCAUAAUUUAAUCUCUGCUAACACUUAAGCAACAUUCUCUAUCACAUCCCAGCAGUGUCUUCACAAAUGCCUUUUCUCUCGCUUCUGUCCUAAUAUUAGUGCCUUGUAGCGUUCAUCACUAACACUGUAGCUUUAGUGUGCUGUGAGAACUUCAGUGGCUUUUGGCCUCUCGUAAGACCAACACUAUUUUUAAACUAAUGCUGUAACCCGAUGAUGAUUCAGAAAGUGGUGAAGUAUUCUCUGCAAUAUUUACUGUUUAAUCUGUAACCAUGUAAGUUAAGAUGAAUGUAAUCUCUGUGGUAGAAUUUGCAAGGGUUGUUUUUUUGUGAGAUAUAAAGCUAAGUAUGUUUACGUAUUCAUUUUUAAUUUAUUGAUUUACUUUUUUCAUUUUUGUAUAUAUAUACUGUAUAGGUAUAUAUUUAUUUUAUUUUCUUCUUUCUUUCUUUCUUUCUUUCUUUCCUUCUUGAGAGAAAUUGUAACAUGGCAAAGCAAUUUCCCCCUGGGAUUAAUAAAGUUCUUUGAAUCUUGAAUCUUGAAUCUAACCCGAUAUCUCACUUACUGUAAAGAGAAAGUAAAUGUUCUCUGCUAGCAAGAUUUCUGCUGUUGUUUUGGCUUUGUGCAUUUUACUUUCUGUCUGUAUCUGUUACAUAAUAUUGAAUAUUCCCAAAUAAAGUACAUCCUCAAAUCAAAA